UUUUUCGCACGCCAUGAUAAACAGAACCUGGAGACGAGGGAGCCUAUCCUAUUCACUAAUAACUUCAGCAAGUUUGGAUAAUUGCUUCCAAUGUUGCUCACAAGUGAGGAGUUGAAGGCAGAGUGAGCAUUCAGAAAAGAGAAAACUCGUAUAUCAUGAAAAUCAAUCUUGAAGGAGAGCUUUGAGCCGAACCAAAACAUGGAUGUUCUAUUGAUUUCGCCUUCGUUAAAUGAAUCUAUGGCCUUUUCCAUUCUCAAACCUCAUACUAUCCAACUUCCCCACCUUCCCUUAAACCCCAGAUUGCGCAAUUCAUCGAAUAACACAACCCCUUUCAAGCUUUCUUCUUCCUCCUCGUCUUCCUGUUUCUGUAAGUGUUUCUGUUCUAGAAUAGCGGCAACUUCAGUAACUACUUACACUCCCUUGGCUUCUGCCACCACUGAGAACCGCCACUGGAUAGUAAUCAUGGAAAAGCCUCCACAACGGGUUGAUUCCAAGCAGCAAGUUAUUGAUUAUUAUGUUCAAACUCUGCAAAGAGUUGUUGGCAGUGAGAAAGAGGCUCAAAUGUGUAUUUACCAUGCUUCGUGGGUUACCCACUACGGUUUUUGUUGCGACAUCGAUGAAGAAACUUCUUCCCAGCUCGCUCGUAUACCUGGCGUCAUUUCGGUUAGGCCUGAUCUGGAUUUCAGCUCUCCGGAAAAGGAUUAUAGAUCAUCAAAUGGGUGGGCAGAUAAUUUGUCAAAGCUACAAACUGGGGCCACUUUGUUGUUCCCUGCUGGGAAUUCAAAGCAUUGGCUUGUUCGAAUGCAUAAACCUGGGGUUGGGGUUGUUACGAAGGCUCAGGUUGUGGAUUAUUAUGCUCAAAUUCUAGCCAAAGUCAUGGGAAAUGAGAAGGAUGCACAAAUGUGUAUAUACCAUGUGUCUUGGAAAACCAACUUUGGCUUUUGUUGUGAACUUGAUGAGGAUUGUGCACAACAGCUAACUGGCGUGCCUGGUGUAUUAUCAGUUCAGCCGGAUAAUAAUUUUGAGUCAGAAAUUAAAGAUUAUGCAGGUGUGAACCUUGAAAACAGUUUGAAUGUGCUGAACUCUUCUGAAGCAAGUGAGGCAACUCCUUUGAAAACCAAAAAGCUUUUUGUGACAGGCCUAUCAUUUUAUACAUCUGAGAAAACCUUACGUGCAGCGUUUGAAGGCUUCGGUGAGCUUGUUGAAGUUAAAGUUAUUAUGGAUAAAAUUUCUAAAAGGUCCAAGGGUUAUGCAUUUGUGGAAUACACAACAGAGGAGGCUGCAGCUGCAGCAUUGAAAGAGAUGAAUGGCAAGAUUAUCAAUGGAUGGAUGAUAGUUGUGGAUGUUGCCAAGCCUAGUCCGCAAAAAUAUAAUAGGGGUCGUGCCAGACCUGUGUAGCCUGACAAGCGAAAGCCAUGCCCAUAUGAGCAUGUUUCAGGUAAAUGCUCCUGAGCAGUUAAACUAUAUUUACUGUUACAGACCUCACUGCUUGAGAGUCCAAAACCCAAAACAAGAAAGUAACACGCUGCGAAUGGACUGGCAUCAUAUAAUAGUGUCAACAAUCUUUCACUCUCCAUUUAUGUGCGGUUUGGGAUUAUUUUCAGUCGUUAUGAGCCUUUGAGACGAUAUACCUACCAUUCAAACCUAUUUUCUCUCCCAGUAGAACACAUGCUGCCACGUAAGGUUCCUCCCAUGACGUGAGAUGACAUGACAAGGUUGUAAUUUGGGGGUAGAUUUAGACAUUACACUUCGUUGCUCUUGUUGACAGGAUUUCAAUUGAAAGAAUUCAUCAUUUGUUCGAUUA